CGGCGGCGGCGGAGGAGGAGGGAGCGAGGAGGCGCGCGGCCCCCCGCUCCCUCCCUCCCCCCCUGACCCCCGACCCCCGCCGGCCGGCCCCCCGCCCCAGCCCCGGAGGGAGCUCAUGGGAGUAUGAAGGAGAUGGUAGGAGGCUGCUGCGUAUGUUCGGACGAGAGGGGCUGGGCCGAGAACCCGCUGGUCUACUGCGAUGGGCACGCGUGCAGCGUGGCUGUCCACCAAGCUUGUUAUGGCAUCGUCCAGGUGCCAACGGGACCCUGGUUCUGCCGGAAAUGUGAAUCUCAGGAGAGAGCAGCCAGGGUGAGGUGUGAGCUGUGCCCACACAAAGAUGGGGCAUUGAAGAGGACUGACAAUGGAGGUUGGGCCCACGUGGUGUGUGCCCUCUACAUCCCUGAGGUACAGUUCGCCAAUGUACUCACCAUGGAGCCCAUCGUGCUGCAGUACGUGCCUCAUGACCGCUUCAACAAGACAUGUUACAUCUGUGAGGAGCAGGGUCGGGAGAGCAAGGCUGCCUCAGGAGCCUGCAUGACCUGUAACCGCCACGGAUGUCGACAAGCUUUCCACGUCACCUGUGCCCAGAUGGCAGGCCUGCUGUGUGAGGAAGAGGUGCUGGAGGUCGACAACGUCAAGUACUGUGGCUACUGCAAAUACCACUUCAGCAAGAUGAAAACGUCCAGGCACAGCACUGGGAGUGGUGGUGGCAGUGGAGGGGCAGGAGGAGGUGGCAGCACCGGGGGAGGUGGCAGCAGUUUCAUCGCUGGCCGGAGGAGCCGGUCUGCCUCCCCGUCCACCCAGCAAGAAAAGCACCCCUCCCACCAUGAGAGGGGCCAGAAGAAGAGUCGAAAGGACAAAGAACGCCUUAAACAGAAGCACAAGAAGCGGCCUGAGUCACCCUCCAGCAUCCUCACCCCACCUGCGGUACCCACUGCUGACAAGGUCUCUUCCUCAGCUUCCUCUUCCUCCCACCAUGACACCAACUCUCAGGAGACCUCUGAGAGCAGCAGGGACUCAAAAGGGAAAAAGUCUUCCAGCCAUAGCCUGAGUCACAAGGGGAAGAAACUGAGCAGUGGGAAAGGUGUGAGCAGUUUCACCUCCGCCUCCUCCUCUUCUUCUUCCUCCUCUUCCUCCUCUGGGGGGCCCUUCCAGCCUGCAGUUUCAUCCCUGCAGAGCUCGCCUGACUUCUCUGCAUUCCCCAAGCUGGAGCAGCCAGAGGAGGACAAGUACUCCAAGCCCACAGCCCCCACUCCUUCCGCCCCCCCCUCUCCCUCAGCCCCUGAGCCUCCCAAGGCUGACCUCUUUGAGCAGAAGGUGGUUUUCUCUAGCUUUGGGCCCAUCAUGCGCUUCUCCACCACCACCUCCAGCUCAAGCCGGGCCCAGGCCCCUUCCCCUGGGGACUAUAAGUCUCCCCACAUCUCGGGGUCUGGGGCCUCAGCAGGCACCCAUAAGAGGAUGCCCACACUGAGUGCUGCCCCUGUGCCUGUGGAGGAGACCCCUGAGACAGGCCUGAAGGAGAAGAAACACAAAGCCAGCAAGAGGAGCCGACAUGGGCCAGGCCGUCCCAAGGGCAGCCGGAAUAAGGAGGGUGCUGGGGGCCUGGCUGCUCCCUCCCUGCCCGGUGCCCAGCUGGCUGGCUUUACCGCAACUGCUGCCUCACCCUUCUCUGGAGGGUCCCUGGUCAGUUCUGGCCUGGGUGGUCUGGCCUCCCGCACCUUUGGACCUGCAGGAAACCUGCCCAGUCUGAGCCUGGAGUCCCCUCUGCUGGGGGCAGGCAUCUACACCAGUAAUAAGGACCCCAUCUCCCAUGGCGGCAGUGGAAUGCUUCGGGCUGUCUGCAGUACCCCGCUUUCCUCCAGCCUACUGGGGCCCCCAGGGACCUCGGCCCUUCCCCGCCUCAGCCGCUCCCCAUUCACCAGCACCCUCCCCUCCUCCUCUGCUUCUAUUUCCACCACUCAGGUGUUUUCUCUGGCUAGCUCUACCUUUAGCCUCCCUUCUACCCACAUCUUUGGAACCCCUGUGGGUGCCGUUAACCCCCUCCUCACCCAAGCCGAGAUCAGCCACACAGAGCCAGAUCUGGAGGACUGCAGUUUCCGGUGUCGGGGGACCUCCCCCCAGGAGAGUCUGUCUUCCAUGUCCCCCAUCAGCACCCUCCCGGCACUCUUUGACCAGACAGCAUCUGCACCCUGUGGGGGUGGCCAGCUGGACCCAGCAGCCCCCGGCACGACUAACAUGGAACAGCUGCUGGAGAAGCAGGGUGACGGCGAGGCUGGUGUCAACAUCGUGGAGAUGUUGAAGGCACUGCAUGCGCUACAGAAAGAGAACCAGAGGCUUCAGGAGCAGAUCCUGAGUCUGACGGCCAAGAAGGAGCGGCUGCAGAUUCUCAACGUGCAGCUCUCUGUGCCCUUCCCUGCCCUGCCUGCUGUCAUGCCUGCUGCCAACGGUCCAGUCCCGGGACCCUACGGUUUGCCUCCCCAAGCUGGCAGCAGCGAUUCCUUGAGCACCAGCAAGAGCCCCCCUGGAAAGAACAGUCUGGGCCUGGACAACUCACUGUCCACAUCUUCUGAGGACCCACACUCAGGCUGCCCGAGCCGCAGCAGCUCAUCGCUGUCCUUCCACAGCACGCCCCCACCGCUGCCCCUGCUCCAGCAGAGCCCUGCUACUCUGCCCUUGGCCCUGCCUGGGGCCCCUGCCCCACUCCAGCCCCAGCCACAGAAUGGCUUGGGCCGGGCACCAGGGGCAGCAGGGCUGGGGGCUAUGCCCAUGGCUGAGGGGCUGUUGGGGGGACUGACGGGCAGUGGGGCCCUGCCCCUCAAUGGGCUCCUGGGGGGGUUGAAUGGGGCUGCUGCUCCCAACCCUGCAGGCUUGAGCCAGGCUGGCGGGGGCCCCGCGCUGCAGCUGCCAGGUUGUCUCAACAGCCUGACAGAGCAGCAGAGACACCUCCUGCAGCAGCACGAGCAGCAGCUCCAGCAGCUUCAGCAGCUCCUAGCCUCCCCGCAGCUGACGCCGGAACACCAGACCGUUGUCUACCAGAUGAUCCAGCAGAUCCAGCAGAAGCGGGAGCUGCAGCGCCUGCAGAUGGCUGGGGGCUCUCAGCUGCCCAUGGCCAGUCUGCUGGCAGGAAGCUCCACCCCGCUGCUGUCUACGGCCACCCCAGGCCUGCUGCCCACAGCCUCUGCCCCACCCCUGCUGCCUGCCGGAGCCCUAGUGGCUCCUUCACUAGGCAACAACACCAGUCUCAUGGCCGCGGCAGCUGCGGCCGCAGCAGUGGCCGCAGCAGGUGGACCUCCAGUCCUCACUGCCCAGACAAACCCCUUCCUCAGCCUGUCGGGGACGGACGGCAGUGGCAGUGGCCCCAAAGGAGGGGCCUCUGACAAAGGAGCCUCAGCCAACCAGGAAAAAGGCUAACCCACCCACACCCUUCCUGACCCUCCCCCCCAUGAAGGGGGCAAAUCCUGGCCUGAGUGGUCCCAGCCUGGAGCAGGCACCUGCGCCCAGACACUGGAGAGCCUGGGGAGUGUGGAGCACUCCUGGUACCGAGGACCAAGACCAGGAGGGGCUCCCCACGCCCCCCUGCAUUGACCCCUUCCUGUGGGGCUCAGAGGGUGGAUAGGCUCCAAGCCUGGCUGGGAACCCCUAUGCUCCUCAAAUGUUUUUAGGUCCCCCCAUAGAGCAGAGUGGGCCAUGGCAUAAGCGUGGGGUGAGUUGGACCUGCCACAGAAGGUGGAGCAAGCACUUGGUAGGAGAAGUAGAGGUGUAGGCCUUGAGCCUGCCCUUGGGGGGAAGUCUGUGAUGGAAGAAGAGGCAGCCCUGCUUUACCUGCAGUCUCCUUCCAGCUCGGACAAAGGGCAGGAGGAAGCCUUCAGAGGAGUUCUCACUGGUCCUUUUCCCCCAUUCCCCAGGAGGGGUCACAAGCUGAGCUUGUAGCCGCCUUCAGACUAGGGGUCUGAGGAAGGAACCGGAUGACAAGUCUCCCACCUUUGGGCGGGGGUGCCCAGGGAUAGAUUGGGAGAGGAAGCCCAGCCCCCUUGGUGUCCUGCCCCUUGUUUGCACUAUUGGACUUAGGAGUGCCGAGGGUGGGGAGGUGGAGCUGCCCGACUGAGCGUGAGUGUGCGUGAGAGAGUUAUGUCUGUGUGCGUGUGCAUGCAUGUGUGUCUCCCCCUGGACCUGGAGCUUCCGGGGCAGGGACAGAAGCAGUGGGGGAUAAGAGAAAGGGGUUCCCAGGUCUUGUUUGCACCCUCCUCACCUCACCAACUUUGGUCCCUUUCUGGGGCACGAAUGGUUAACAGAAACCAGAACAGUACUCCAAUAUUGGAGAGUAACUGGGGGCUGGGGGCUCUGAAUCAGGGUAGUAUCCUGCCUUCCAGCUCCCCAGACCCCACAUGGUCUCAUUGCCCCCCUUGGAGCUCCCCUCCCUCUAUUGGUAGUGGAUCCUGCUUUCUUAGCACAAGGAGAGCCCCAGGAGUUGGGGGGGGGGGUUACAGUGCCACUUCCUGUAGUAAACACCUCCUGAAUUAGCCAGCCUGCCUCCCUAUCUCUUUCCACCACUCCCACCAACCAGGGGAGACUUAAGAUUAAGCUGACCUGACUUAACAGCUGUCCCUUCACCCACCAGCUAUUUCCCCAGGGUGUCAUGGGCAAGCCUCACCUUACAAAGUCCCCCUCCCCCUGCCCAGAGCCUGGUGGCAGAAACUGAGGGGCAAGCAGGCAGGUGAGGCCAGGCAGACGAGGUGGACAUGUGUGUGUGUUUCAGUUGCACUGGGGUUGGAGCAGGGAGAAGAUGUUUCCAGCUUUCCUGAUGCUCAUGUCUCGUCAGUCUCUCUCUGCAUGUGUGAAUUAUUCUGUGUGUGUUUCUGUUUGGGUUUUUGUUUUUUGUUUUUUUUUUAAAUAAAGAAAAGAAGAUGUGUAUAUUUUUGGCAAUGACAGAAACGUAGUGCAGAUAUAUUUUUGCCUGUGCUGCUCAACUGGUUUUUUUCUGAUACUGAAAAUAAUAUUAAUAUUCCUGUUGAUAAGACUUUGUAAGAUGUUAGGGAGCUGAUCAUGGAGGGGGGGGCAGGAGUCCUGCUAGGCGAUUUCUUAAGCACUUGCAAAGGCUUGGGGGUGGGGGGAGGCAGUUGUGAUGACCUCAGAAAAACUUACUACUACUAAAUAUCAGAAAGGAAAAGUAGAAUCAGUAUCUUAUGCCUCUUCAUCUAUUCCACUCUCUGGCUUCCUGCCCCCCACCCACUGAAAAGAAUACUCAAAGAUUCUUAUAAGUGUGGCCCACUCCGGCCCACACCCUUGCCCUCACCCUUGCUCUUGCCCAAGGCUGGCCCACUGAGAGUUGAAGGCAGCUUCUGUUCUAGAUGACCAGGAAGCAGACCCACUCCAAAGCUGCUAUGGAGGAGAGUGAGGUCCAUAUGAUUUAGUGCACUGGAACCAAGACCACCUCCCUCCUGACCACAGCACCCAGUGGCCUUGAGUCCUUUCUUAUCACCAGGAAUCUUGUCCUCCAGCUUUCUCCAGAUUUGGGCGCAGUGGCAGGCAGGUAGGUGAGACUUGAAGAGAGCCAGGCUGGGUUAUGAGUAGGUGCCAGCCCUCCAUUUGGGGCAGUGUGGACAAGAGAGGCAUUGCAGUUCUUGUUGAAGGAGCAUUAUAA